UUAAGCUGUAACAUCUGUCCUGCUCUCACUUUUUUCUGUUAACCCACUGAUAAUAGCAGCUAAUGAAAUCUCUCCAUCUCUCUGGUUAAGUAGCUGGGAUGCCCGUUGGUCCCAUAAACGUGUGUUUUUUUCUCUUGAUGCUGAAUUCAGAGUCUGUGCUCGCUUUAUGUGAGGUGAGAGUGAGGAUACUUAAUUUUGGAUGCCAUCUUGACUGGGAGUGCCCUGAUGCCAACCCUGACACAACUUACACGGUCCAGACUCAGAGCAGUACGAGUGGCAGACCAUGGAAAAAUGUUUCAGACUGCAUCCAGAUCUCCAGGAAGAGCUGUGAUCUGUCACACGUCUUUACAAACCUAAACGUCUUCUACUUCAUUAGACUGAGUUCAGAGGAGCAGUUGGGCAUCAUCGAUGAAACAUACUGUGACCCAAUAAAUGACGAGGCCGCCACAUUCAGUCCUCCAUCCGUCACCAUUUCAAUGGAGAACCAAAGCCUCUGGGUGACUGUAUAUUUUCCUUGUGCUCCAUCCAUAAGCUGCAAACCUCAUGGAGAAGAAGCACUUUGCCCCUGCCCCAUAUCUGACCAUACAAGCGACCUCUCAGUUACAGUCAUACUGUACAACAAAAAUGAUCCCUCAGACACACAGAUACGAUCUGAUAGAAAUGUGGAGGAAGCAUCUGUCCGGAAGGAAUUUGGGUUCCUCAUAUCUGGGAACGUGUACUGCGCCGUUGCCAACUUCACAUCUGAAGGCCAUCUUGCGCCUUCACCCCCCAGCCCUCCGCAGUGUAUUUACGUACCAGCAAAGAUAGAAAGCCUCCUUGUUGUGGUUGUGUGUGCUGUCCUCGUCGCUCUCGUCCUAGCGUGUUUUCUGCUCUGGAGACAGUUUGGGUCUUCUGAACGCCCUCUGCCCAAAUCAUUGGCGUUACUUUAUGACCAGGAAAUUCAAAAUGCGACAUUUAUUGACCCCAGCAAGGCUGCGUCUGACCGCGAGAGCUUUGAGGGUGACAAGAUUUCUAUUGUAUCCCUUUAUGAGUUUACACUCAUUGACAACCAGUCAUACUACCACAGCUCUCAAAGUCUGGGCAAGGGGUAUUACAAAAGCCCCAUGCUGCAGGAUCCAAACUACACUGAGGAUUCUGCAGGGGUUUUAACCGUGGAGUCCGAAGGCUUGGAAAUCGAUGGAGCCGAUUGUUUUGAAUUUCUUUGGACAUCAAAUGUGACGCAGGAGAGAGGGGAAAAAUAUCCAUAUCUGAGUGAGACCCUGAACAUCCCUUUAAGCUCAGUGCGAGUGAAAUGCACAGAACGGGAAGAAACGACUGCUGGUCCAGAACUGUGUGGAGAUGUUAGUGGCCACGUGUAUGAGGACAAAAACCUGUAGGCUAUGUAUAGAGGAGUGAUGUAUGCUCCUUGUGUUGGGUUAGCAGUGCAUAAGGUCAUGGGUUUGAACCUAGGAAACGCAUGCUGAUAAAAAAAAUUUAUACCUCUUACAUACCGUAUUUUUCGGACUAUAAGCCGCGUUUUUUUCAUAACUUGGCUGGUGCUGCGUCUUAUAGUCAGGUGUGCCUUGUAAAUCAGUAUGAAUUAAUUUUGACAUUUAUGAGGCAAGAGACAACAUUACCGUCUACAGCCGCAAGAGUCCGCUAUAUGCUGCUCCUGUAUUUAUGUAAUUCAAUGAAUUCAGUGAUGCGGAAUGACGAGUCUGCGAACUUCACGCUAGUUGGCUUGUUCGGUUAAUUUAGCCUAUUCAACCUUCCAGAUAAGUUCUGUAUGCUAUGGUUUAUCAUUUAAAUAACUGAUAAUAUAAUUUAAAGGUGCAGUGUGUAAUUUUUAGAAGGAUCUCUUGACAGAAAUGCUAAAUAAUAUACAAAACUAUAUUAUCAGGGGUGUAUAAAGACCUUUAUUAAUGAACCGUUAUGUUUUUAUUACCUUAGAAUGAGACCUUUUUAUCUACAUACACCGAGGGUCCCCUUACAUGGAAGUCGCCAUUUUGUGCCACCAUGUUUCUACAGAAGCCCUUAAAGGGACACAAGGCAGCAUUUUUAUGUUAAUAAAUCAUCUUCGUAAGUCGGUAUAUGGUUAAAUGACUCAUUACAUGACGAAUGAAGACUCUCUCGCCCGCCCCUACCGUCUGUAGGAAGAAUACCCCACUUGCAAGUUCGCUGUAUCCGACCCGGUGUCCUUCAGUCUCGUAAAGUCUCAGAUAUAGAAAGCAUUUACUCCCAGACACUAGGGGGAGCUAGUAGAGAAAAAAUACUCAGACUUGCCUUGUGUGCCUUUAACGGACAAAAUGUUUUUACUAUGUUGUCUCCGACGAGGGCAUGUUUGUCCGGUGGCAACUACCGUAGCUUUUCUAUGCGUUUCAAAAACGAGGGGUGAGCAGUGGGCUGAGCCGUUGGUUGCAAUUCGCAACCUCACCACUAGAUGCCGCUAAAAUUUACACACUGCACCUUUUAACGUACAGACAUCUAUUUCGCCUGCUGUUCUGUUUGCUAUUGUUUAGUUGAAUAACUUGCCUUUCCAGAUUAAAUGUCUGUUCUUCGGCUUGGAUUUUGUGAAAUAAUUUUCUAAAUAAAUGCGACGUAGUCCACUGCGACUUAUAUGUUAUUUCGUCUUAAUGACGCAUUUUUAAUAAUGCGGCUUAUACUCUGGUGCGGCUUAUAGUGUGGAAAAUACGGUAAAUGUAAUGCACUGUAAAUCGCUUUGAAUCAAAACGUAAUAUCCGCAUUCUGAUCAUUCUUGAAUAGUUGUUAGAGGUGGACUAUACUGGUAAGAGGUGAUAUAGUGGCCUGCACUGGUAACCAGUACGUUUAUAUUUUUUAUGCAAACAAUUCUGCGCCUCUGUCCUAAAUUGUUUUUAUCAUGGUUACAAAACCAAUAACCUCCUAAAUUGUAAUCAUUUUACCAGAAUUUAUUCAAAGUGAGUUCCCUAUGCAUGUGUCACUUAUCUGGUCAAAUGCCACCCAUCAGAAUUUAGCUGUCAUUAAUGCUACACUCCACAUUUCAUGCGCUAGUGUUUGGGAUACCCCCUACGGUUAGUGACUCACAUCAGCAGAGCACUAUAAAUCCUUAUUCUGUUUUAAGGAUUCUUUUUUGGGGGUAAUUUUGUGUUCGGUAUGGUCUCUGUGCGGUUCUCUGACUCAGUUGCCCCAUUCUAACUCUUAUUUUCUGCGGUGCGUGUCUCACAGUUAAUCAUGUUAAGGUGCACGAUUUCUGCUGAUGUCGCUAAAUAAACUGAAACGUUUGUGGAAACGCUCCCAAAAAAGCACGUAUUAUUGGAAAAUGUAUUUUAGUACGCAUGUUCAAUUUUACAUGAUUAUUUUCCACUUUUGUGUGUGUUGUAUAUCCAGAUGACGACGUCAAUGUAAAGCUUAGUUUGUGCGGUCAAGUUUGUCGUACUUUUGGUGCUAUUACAGGAAAUUUGUUAAUAAAUGCUGUUUAAAAAGGGGAAAUUUGUUUUGUGACUAGUUGACUUUUCCUAAACCAAAACUUUUGCCGCCUCCAGACUGAUUAAGCUCAAAUAUUCAAUGCCAUUACCAUUAAUAUUUGACUUGCUUUAAAUGUCAAGUUUCUGGUUGACCAAAUGUAGCAGAGUGGAAAACAAGUCUGCAUGGGUUACGAUCCGCUUUAACAAACCACAGCCCACAAUACUGAAAAACAACAUGUGCACUCAAAUGUACACUUAUCACCCAGUUCUGCCAGGCAUCGAGCGUGGUCUAAAAAAAGCCUUGUUUAUGUUUUAGUAUUUUUUAUUAUUCAAUUAUUUGGUAACACUUUACAAUAAAUAUAUUUACAAUAAAUUAAUAUUUAUUAACAUGAAUAAAUAUUGAACAAUAAAGUAUUGUAUCAAUUCAAUUUAUUAUUAAUAUCAGCAUGUAUUAAUUCUUGUUAAUGCCAG